UGAAGUGGCUCAUCAUCACCAAAAGAUCCAGGACUGCGAUGCCCCGUAGCGUUUCUUCAGCAUGUGGCGACCUCUGCCCCUUUGCUGAGCGCGAGACGCAAAGUCGGAUCGGAAGGCGGAGCUAGACUAGCGCCUUGCGGUCGGAGCACGGGCGGGCGGGCCGACCAAACACCCAGUGUGCCGCUCCGCACUCAGCUCAGCCUCAACCCUCCUGCCGCCCGCCCGUGCCAGGGCUACCUAAUCAACCACAAUCAACUUCGCCCCGCACCUUUGCUCCCUACGCCAUUGUUCCUGACCUCGCUGGUCCGAGGCAGAAGCAGGACGAUGAUCAGCGACCAUCGAGCGUCGAGCAAUCUACGGGGCUGUGCAGCCGCCAGCUAAUCAAGUCGAAGCCAAAAGGCGAGCGAGCGAGCGAUGCAAUCUUGCCUUUCGACCACAACAUCGAUCAUCCCCUCUUGCCUCCCCGUCUGCUGCCUAAACCUCCCUCACGCCUCGUCACCACCAACUCGUCACCCAGUCGCAUACAGCAUUCCCUCGCAGCUGGGCUCCGCAUUGCGCUGCGGUGCGGUGCGGGGCUCAGCUACUAUCCCAGCCAGCUACACCACCACCGCCUUCGAACGGCAAGCAAGACACACCACACCCGCCACGCGAGCGCCAAUGCCAUCCGGAUCAGCCUCAUCAUUAUCGCCUCAAGCUGCCGCGCGCCACUCGAAGCAACCAGACCUAGCCUCGCCAUCAAGUCUCACGCCUCCCAGCAAAAGUCAUGCACCACGCAUCCGAUCAAGAUGCGCCGCACCAAGACGCACAGGGCGAUCCACUGAGCUCGCAGGGACGUCCUGCCAAAGGCCUUCUUGAACCGGGAUGAGGUAGCAGUGCUGGAUGGAGCGGUGCUCGAGGAUAUGAAGAGGAGGCGCGACCUCAAGGGGAGCGAGCUGGAGGAGGAGGAGGAUGCGAAGCGAGAAAUGAAGCGAGAGAAUGAUCAAGAGGACAACGGCGAGGACAGAGACACGAGCAACAUGACGGCAAUGACCCCCGUCGAGAUCCGCGGCCACCUCACUCUUAAGCGCAAGGUACUCAAGCGAUACUGGCGGGGCCUUAUCUCAGGUAUCGAGCUACGCAAAUAUGGAUGCGCAGCACGCGGCGUUUUCGAUCGUCCGCUGCCCUUCCCUGGCCCUCCUCUACUGUCGCACCCGCCAGCAAUUUGCCCAGCUCCUCGAGAAGAACCCGCACCUCGACGCGUACCAAUGCAAGACGCCAG